CCGAUUGUUUCUGCAACUUCGCUAUAAGGCAAUUUUUCAUGAAAACCUGCCUGUCGUCUGUUUUGAAGCGGGACAUGAGAUACACUAUGAUAUUGUUGGCCCUGAUGCACAUGAUUUUAAUAAGUGUAUGCGACGCAGGAAAACAGCGUAUCGUUAUCAUCGGUGGCCCCGUCCCGGGAGAUCACCUGUUGCAACGAGAAGUCAUCAAACGGGACUGGUGCUGGUUUUGCAGAGCCAGAAGGGUGACUCUCUUAGGUGAUGGCUUCUCUAAAAUCACCAUGAUCAAAGUGUCCAACCAAGCGCAACGCAACAACAGAGCUGACGCUUUACUGAAAGGUGGUGGACUUGGUCGGACUUGGGUCACCUUCGCAUUCAAGAGUCACAUAAAUAAUCCCAUCCACUUUAUUGUCGAGACUUACGGAAAGUAAUAAAUUCAUUA